AUGGCCCACUCCCAACUAAACUGGCCUAAAAUCUGCUGGUGGAGGGUGAACGGGUCAGCUGAAAUAAGCAGGAAAACUGGCAGAAGCUCCAGAUUUCUUGCAACCUACAAUAGCCUUACAGACAAACACCUGGUUGGAUAUUUCAGCAAUACCAGGAUAAGACGACAUCUUCAGAGAUCAGGACUGAUCUCAAGGAGUGGAAGAAUAAUAUCUGAGAAAGAAUACCGGCUAAAUGCUAUGAGGAGGGAUCACCAGAGAUAUGUCCAGGAGUGCCUGGCUCAUGCCAUAUUUCAUAAGGUCCUUGACAUGGAGCGUCAUCAUCAGCUGGAAAUAAAAAGGAAACUUGAAAAUUCUGUGAGGAAGGAGAGGGUGCAGAAAAUCAAGGUGGAACAAUCCAGAAGAUCAGUGGAAGGUGCUAGCCCUAUGCGCCCCCCCCAUCCACCACUUGGUCCAAGAAAUCGUUAUGGGCUCCAUCCUUUAGUGGCUGGGGAACCAGCUAGUCACUCACAACUGACUUCCUGGCGACCAAAUACAGCUCCAGGAAAUAUGCAGCACCCACUUCGCCUCCAACCGCUUCGGAGCUGUGCUGCAGUGGGGUCUGUACCAAAGGCUUCCAGCUCUAAACAAAAGUGCCACACACUUGAACAUGAUCAGCAGUUUGCCAGUGGGGGGGAGAAGAGUGGGUUAAGACUUAUGAAUUCAAUGGAAUAUGUGACUGGUACAUCCCCAUAUCAGCUCCCCGUCAUUAACAAUUAUGUGAUACCAGUGCCACCUCCCCCCCUGCAAAAAGGAGACAAGAGCAUAACUGCGGUGAGAAAUGGGGUGCACAGAGGCAGGCGGUAUCAUCCCACCACUGCACCAAAUGACGUAGAGCAACUUUUAACAAAGAAUUCUGGAGGAUUCCCUAAGCCCUCGUUACGCAGCAAUGUGUUUGUUACCAUGGUCUUCCUAGGAAAAAGUGUGCAUUUAUCUCACGAUGAUGCUGAUUACAGAGACGAAAUCAAAGUCUAUCAGCAGCAUUGUGGAGGAGAAAACCUUUGUGUCUACAAAGGCAAGCUACUGGAAGGAGAGACCUUUCAGUUUGUCUCAAAGAGGCACCGUGGUUUCCCAUUCAGCCUCACCUUUUUUCUGAAUGGGAUGCAAGUGGACAGGUUGAGCUGUUGCUGUGAGUACAAACAUCAGAAGCGUUCCAGGCUGGGAGGCAGACAUGGAUACUUCAGGUUUCUCAAUGUGGAGGGAGCAUCUCCUUGCUACAGGUGCAUUAUUGCAAUGGGUCUGGACAAAAAGCCAUCCCCUCCCAAGAGAAAGAUAGAGGAGGACCAUGAGGAAAAGCAUGUGGGUUCCUGGGGAGAUGGAGUGCGCAGUGAGCCAAGUAAAAGCAGUGUUGAGCAGAAACCAAGAAAAGAUUCAGUGUUAGUCAUCUUACCAGGUCACGAAGCAAGUGUGGAAGCUGUUGAGGACAAAGUGGAGACCGGACAGGAAUACAGAAAAGAAGAAAGGAAAAAACUAUCUGAUCGUGAGAGUGAAGAUAGUCAGGAAGACACCGGGAAAAAUGGACACCUCAUCUGUGAGAAAUGUGGUGAUGCCUGUGACUGGGCAAUAAAAUUAGUGGGGCUCCUUUCAGCCAAGCAACAGGAUGAGAGGGUUUUGCAAGAGCCAAAGUAUGAUGAAGAUUUUGAAGCAGAUGAAGAAGUUCAUGAAGAGGGACAGACUGGUGAUCAAAUGAAUGGAAUGUCAAAGUCAUCCUCAGAUGAUAAAAAACAUAAUUUAGGCUAUGAAAAGGAGAGUAAAACCUCAUCACCGAAGGCACUGCAGGCCUCUGACGGUGAGAAAGAUGAAAGUGAUGGAUAUUCUGACAGUGACUCCGAGGAUGAUAAACAAGAUAGGAAGCCUGCACACUCUCUCUCAUCCGUCAGUACUCAGUAUAGCAGUGAAGAUGACUCUCAUGGUGAAAUGAUGAAAGAUGAUGUCAAGGGCAAAGAGGAGUAUAAUAUCCAAAGGGCAUCUGAUAACACAGCACAUGCACAAUAUGGAAACGAGAAUGGGGAGAAUAAACUGCUCAGAAUGAAGGAAAAUCCGGAAGCUUUUGCACUGGAAAAGGAAGGAAUAGAUGAAGCAGAAAAGGCAAAACGAGAAGAUCUAACAGCAAGGGAAGAUACUGGAGUUUUUCAUGAAAAUACAAUGGCAAUACAGUAUCAAAGUCCUGCAGUUAAUGGGGACCUCAAACAGGCUGGGUCAGUAGAAAGUAACAUAGGGGAAGAUGGGGAGAAGAAUGCAAGUACCAGGAGGGAUGAUGGGGAGGAAAGUCUUCUAGUGCCUUUGAAAAGCAGUAUGACAGAAGCGGAGGAUAGCAAUGAAGAGUCUCCUCAGGAUGAUGAAGAAGGUGUUUCUGAAGAUUGCAAACCAGUCCAGGAGGAAAUAGCAAAGGCAAUUGGAAAUGAUCAUCAUGUGAAUUCUGAACCUGAACCUAGUGAUUCCUGUGCAGAUGAGGAAGAAGAGAACAUUACAAGUACAGAGCAUGAUGCCAAUGAAGCACCAGAUGGAGCUUUCUUGGCAGAAGGAACAAGAACACUUGACGUGCAGAAGGCAGCAGAACAAGUGGUACAAGAAGGGCAGAUGGUAGGGGAGAGGCAAGCACUCGAGAAGGAAGAUUUUGUUGCUGAGGGAGGAGAUGCUCGUGCCGAAGAGGCAGGAGAAGAAAUGGCAUGGGCGGGAGAUCUGCUGCCCAAGGAAGACGCAGUGGCCACGCCGCAGGCGGAGGAUCAGCUUGCAGUGGAGGAAUCUGCAGCCGAGGAGAGCGCCAUGGCAGAGGAUCCCAAAGGAAAGGGGACAGGGAAGGGAACGGAGCCUGGCGCAGAGGUGGCACCCGGGGAGCGGGAAGUUCUGAUGGAGGAGACAGAGAGCAAGGCAGCACUGGGGGAGCAGGCGCCUGGGGGAGCAGAGCUGGCAGGGGCACUGCUAGGCAGGGAGGCAGCAUCCGAGGGGGAGGAGGUGGCCGGGGAGGUCUCUGAGGGAGGAGAGGCAGCGGAGGAGGCCUCCGGGGCAAAGGAGGCUGCGGGAGCACCAGGGCCUCCAGUGAAGGAGGUGGUGGGCGAGACGGUGUCUGAGGCAGAGGAGGCCGUGGAGGAGGGAGGUUUUGCAGGGGAGGGCGUUGUGGUGGGUGCUGUGUCUGAGGCCGAGGAGGCUGUGGAGGAUGCCAGCUUGGCAGAAGAAGGGAUUGCUGGGGUAGAUGGCCCUGGAGAAGAGUCUGUAGAGGAAGCUGUUGCUGAGGGGGAGGAGGCUGCGGAGAAGCCUGGGGCUCUCCUGGAAACAUUAGGGGAUGCAAACGUUUGCACAGGAGAAGCAGUGCCUGGAGGAGAAGACUUUGUAAAGCCAAAUGAGUUUUCCCAGCUGAAAGCAUCAGGGGGAGAGUGGAUGGAGAUGGGGGAAGCUGCCAUAGGAGCAGGAACAGCUGAGACUGGCAAGGCAUCAGAGGUAGAAGGCAGCUCUCUCCUGAGAGCGGAGGACUCUGUGGAGCCUGGCAAGGGUCCCAUGUUGCAAGUAGCACCGGGAUUAGAGGCACUGGUGGGUGCUGGAGGGGAUCCCAUAACUGAAGGGUCAUCCCAGUUGGAGGAGGCCACAACAGUGGAGGAGGAGGAGGAGGAGGGCUCAGCAGAAGCACUUUCAAGUGGAAACCCAUCUCUAGGCAGCAAAGCAAAGACAGAGAGUGCAAUGGAAGAAACACCUGAUGGAGGGCUGAUGGGAAUAUCUGCAGAGAUAGCCAGAGCAGGGUCAGGAGGUAGAGAGGAGGUCGCAGGUGGAGCAGCCAGUCCAAGCGAGCUGGCAGCCGGGCCGCAGGGAUCGCUGGAGCAUGCUGAAGAGAGAGGGAAGGAGAGGUCUCCUGGUGGGGGGGUGAUGGAUGAAGCAGUGCUGCCUGCCCCGGGGCUGUGCGUGAGCGGGGUGGGGGGGUCAGGGGGGGCGGCUGGUGCUGCGGCAGGCGGCCAGGCAGGGCGAGGGGCUCUGCCUGAGGGAGGAGCGGCAGUGGAGCUGGCGCUGGUGGGGCAGGAGGUGGCUGGCGAUGGUGGGCUGGGCGAUGGGGUGGUGGCACGGGAGGGGGGCCAGGGCGAGGCGGGGUGGGAGUGGGGCACAGCGGGUCUCGUGUCCCCAUGGCACGCAGAACUGUGUGGAGCAAUGUCCCUUGGGGAGCAGCCGACUGCAGAAACCUCCCUGAGCGCCCCUGCGCGUGGGGAUGGGGGAGCGGAGUCGGGGGGAAGAGGGUCGGCAGGCAGCGAGGGGCUGUGCCUGGGCACCCAGCCGCAGCUGGCAGCUCCCGGGAUGGGGGCAGUGGGGGGCAAGGGUGGGCUGCAGGGGGGCACAGAGCAGGCAGGAGUGAAAGCCGAGGGGGAGCAGGCAGGCCUCUGUGAAAACACAAGGGAGAGAGAGGCAGCGGGUGUCUCGGAGAGUGCAUGGAGCGCUGCUGGGGUCAGGGAGCAGAGGAAGGACAGUCCCGUUGGAGGGAGCCCAGACACUCCGGGAGUCGCUGACACCGGCGAGAGGAGCCACGGUCCCCGUGAGGAUGUUGUAAACCCAGAUGCGGUUGUCGUGCCCUCGUGUUUCGUGGGCUCAGCCAUCCACUGCGACCGACCCCUCUGCCUGCCCGGCGGGGCCGUGCCAGCCGAGCCCCCGAGGUGGCUCUGCAGGGCCGUGGGCUCGCUGAAGCUGCCCGGUGAGCUGGCGGGGGCCACCCUGCGGGAAGAUGCCUCCGGCCCCGGGGCAGGUGGCCAUGGCACAGCCCUGUCCCACGGCUGGGACAGCACAGCUUGCCGCAGGGACGCCGGGCUCGCUCCUGGCUGCGGCACAAGCACUUGUUUUGUUGGACACCGGAACCAAAAAUUGGAAAUGAUCAAGGAGGAUGCUUUUAACCUGAACAAAUUCCGGCUGUUUGCAUUUUGUCAUGCAGAUGUGCCUGCCACUCAGCUCGGAUGCUGCGGGGUUAGUGGAGUUCUUGUGCAGGGGUAUCGCCUGUCUCAUUACCUAAUCGUGUUUCAAGCCAUAAACUCCACAAAUUCUAUAGCCAUAAUGGGAAGUAUUCCUGCCAGACAAGGAGUUGGCAAAAUAACAAAGCUAAUCAUUGGUUUGAAAAGUUACCAUGAUGAUUGA